CAGCAGAAGCAGCAGCAGGACCAAAGCAAGGAUGCCGACGCCGCCUUGACGAUUGUUGCAAAUCGAGUGGGUGGGUGGCUUUUCAGGAAUCUCGGCAGAUGUGCAAUCGAUACACGACGGUAUGGUAGGCAGCGAUGCGUUGGGCGCCAACGGCCAGUUUCGCUCGGUGUAUCGUUCGAAUCGGACGCGCUUUUCCGGAGUAGCUCGGAUUGAUCCGUAUGACCGCAGGGCACACGUUGUCUUGAGUAGGGUGGAAGUUUGACUUGUCAGGGUUGACUGUUUUUUGUGGUGACUGCGGGAAAAUCAUCAACGGAUUACGCGGUUCGCGAGAGACCUCCGCUGAUAAUGUUUUAUUGGUGAUCGAGGGCACCAUUUCUGGCGCGGGGUUUUUUUGCAGUUGGUCACGGUGCAACAGCUUUUCGAAGGGCUUAGACGUGUGCUUUUUAUGUGACGAUGUGAACCUGGAAAAUGUGCUGUGCGUGGCUGUGUGUAUGUGUCGUCGAAAGUUAUGAUUAUUACAUUGCAGUGCCAUUGUAGAUUUACACGGGCUUUCGGAGUUCAGAUUUGGAAAGUUUUACGCGCCGUGAUUUUCCAAAAUUAACGACUGCUCGUUGAUCGAACGACGUCGUCGGUGACCGGCUGCACCGAAGUGGGUCAUCAAAUGACCAGUGAUGCGAAGAAGAAAUCGACCGGCGAAUUCAAAGGAAAAUAAUCGACAUUCAGUGGGUUGGUCGGUUUGCCUCCGGUCAAGAGCUAACCAGGGAGAAAGUUUGGUGAACUGUGUAUAAUUAAUCUUUAUUAUUAUCGUUCUGAAAGCCAUAUUUCGAGAAGGGUUCUCCGUGCUUCUCGAAUCCGACCUUAAGAACGUGGAAAAAGAAAAUCCUAUAGCAGAAGCGGAAAAUCACCAGUAGCAGUAGCAGCACGUGGCAGAGCAACAAUCAGACUCCAUUCUCCAUUGGGAGGGGCCAAAACAGCAUAAAAUUAGGAAUAUUGGAUAAUUGAUGACUAAGGGGUGGUAACCAACCUGGCCUCUGGCCGUGAACGGAGAAUAACAAAGGUGAAUUGACAGUCCGUGAAAUGAGCACGACGAAAGGUCGAGACGAGUCGAACGAAAGCUGAAGCGUGAAAACGGAACGGUUACGGAUUUAAAAUUUGCAUUUUUGAAAUUGUGUCGAGAAAGGGAUGCAAUUUUCAGGACGCGCCAUCGUUGGAGACAAGCACGAACAGCCACAGAGCCGCAGAUGAAAAACCCAAUUUAAAUCCGAUGCACUCGAUCUGUCAAGCUAAAUUUGAUUUAUCGACACAUCCACGACGUCAAACAGUGGAUUAAUUCAGAGCCCGAAAACGACAUAAUUGUUAUUUGAUUAUCCAGGAUUGAUCCCUAAAGACUACCGUUUUCCCAUCUGGAUGUAACUCGUUUAGCCUAUUGAAUCGCUGCAAAGUUUGAACAUUGCUUUUUUGUAUUGCAGCUGUUGUCGAUUGUUAAAAACUGCUGAUACGUCGAUUGGCAACGACUGAUUGUUGGUUCAACAGUAUCGUUUUUCUGUGAAUACACCUCACAGAACUCAUUAUGCGUCUGUAAACCGUGAUGAUACCAGUACACGACAUAAACAAUAACAUGAAACAAGUCUCAAAUCGAAGUCAAACUAUCAUCACACCAAAAUCGCCAUCGCUAGAUGGCAUCGAGGAACAGUGAAAUUAUUUAAAACAGUGCUUUCGACGAUUCAUCAACCAGUCAUCACAAAACUCAACAACACACGUAGAGCAGGAAGGACCUUUUCAUACGAGUACUCUUGUCGUCUGGGCUGUGAACACAGUGAACAAGCGGUUCGACAGGAGAUAAAAGUUAAUUAAAAGUGAUGUGUUCGAAAGCGAAGAGAGCAUCCAACGGCGUUGAAUCCGGUGACGAUCAUUACGAGCACCAUCUUCGCCCCCACCACAACACUCUCCAUCACCAGCAGCGGCAUCAGCAAUCAUCGGCAAGCAACAUGCAGCGAAGCACCCGUCCAUCAUCGAAAGCAACACGCUCGGUAUGGCGAACCAGCAGCGGCGAAAGUCAACGACUCAGCGUGGUGUCGUGGGUGCUGAUUGGGCUGUGCGUCGUUCUACCAGUGAUAGAUGCCCUACUAGAUGUUCAAGUCACAGUACCACGAGCAGUUCGAAGAGGAGACAGUGCUGUACUGUACUGCUACUACGACAUGGGAGACGAAAAACUGUACUCGGUCAAGUGGUAUAAAGGCCGACGAGAGUUCUACCGAUACACUCCAAAAGAAACACCACCAAUGAAGGUAUUUUCCGUGCCAGGAGUGCAAGUUAAGCGCGUAUCCUCCAACGAGAGCCAGGUGAUGCUGAACUCGCUGAACAAUUUGUCAUCGGGCAGGUACAGCUGUGAGGUGUCAGCGGAAGCUCCAUCCUUUCACACGAUGAUCGUCACGGGCGAUUUGGAGGUUUGCGAGGUUCCGAAGCACGUGCCACUCAUACAUGGGAUUCGACAACGGUAUCGGUUGGGAGACAUCCUCCGGGGAAAUUGCUCCUCGGCUCACUCGCGACCAGCUGCCAAUCUGACGUGGUUCAUCAACGAGCAACCGGUUAAUCCCUCACAUAUAAAGAACCAUAAGCCGUUUAGAGACCGCAAUUCCGACCUGGAAACUUCGACCAUUGGGGUGCACUUUGUUGUGAGCAAUCAUCACUUCCAGCACGGAAAGCUAAAGAUUCGCUGCACAGCACGAAUCCACGAUAUCUACCUUCAAUCGACGGAGAAAACCAUCUACGAAGAGCGGCCCCACGUUAUAUCCGCUGCUUCAUCCUCAUCCAAUGGCAAUGGAAACAAUCAGUUACACAACAUUCCUUACGACCAGUUCCAAUUGGACAACGAAGUGGACCGGAAGGACUACAUGACACACUUGCAGGGGGACAUGUCAUCCUCGGCGUCCGGCAGUUUGCCCUCGGUGACGAGAUCGGUGCCAUCAAUCAGAUCAUCCCGAUUUCUGGCGGUGCUGCUGGCGGAGGCAACAGGGCUGCUAAUAGUUUUUCACCAUUUGCUCAAAUUCGGCACGAUUUCCAUAACAUGAUUCCGUGACGUGCAUUAGUGAUGUGAUUUCGGGUUUAACUUGCUGCUCGUUUUUUUUUUGUUUGUUUUUUUCGUAUGCCACAAUUGGAGGGAAAGAAAUGGCAACACAAGAGAAAGCAUCUACGGAUUUUUUUCGCCAGCUUUUUGUUUGGAGGUUUUAUUGCUCUUGCAAGUCAGUGUGUAUGUGUCUCGGAUCGGAAGUGAGUGUGCAUGAGGAGAAACUCCAGAAGAAAAAAAAAGAACCGGAAAAUCCCCAACCCAUUUUUAUGGUUGUUCUACUUUUUCCCGAAUGUCAGUUCCCCGAAAGUUGUUUCUGGAAACUCCAGUUCCCUCAAUGUAAGUUCCCCGUAUACCCUGUUCACUCGAAUAGCGCAUUUCCUCGAAACGGGUACGAGAUUUUCCGUAACAGUAAAAUUGGCUAUCCAUUUUCAUGUUAGUUCUACUUUCAACCGAAUGUUGUUCUCUAAAAGUUAUUUCCACAAACUCGAGGAAUUGGAGUCAUAUCAGUUC